AUGCCGCCGAAGAAGAAGAAGAAGGACGACGGUCCGGUCGAGGAGGUGUGCCCGGAGGGCAUGGAUCCCGACUACUUCGCGCUGACCCAGAACAUGGGCGGCCUCGUGGACAUCGCCAAGAACGGCAACAAGGGAAGCGGGCCCGUUUUAAUGGACAGGACACAAGCCCUGACACAACUUUGGACGCACGCCGUCGCGCGGAACGGUGCGCGCAAGGACGAGGUCGUGACCGCGGGUGCUUUGGAUGCCGCCGCGACGGUGUGCUCUCCAAAGUUCGCGGCCGAUCCCCCGGCGCAGGGUGCCGCCGCGGGCCUGCUCGCGGUGUUGGCCAAGGACCCCGAGCUCUGCCCGAGGAUGAUAGAGCUCAAGGUUGAUAAGUUCGCGCUGGACCUGUGCCACUGCGACUCCACCGCCGCGAACGACGCCGCCGUGUCGUUGCUCGCGAGGCUCGCGGAGAAUCCAAACACCAGACCGGCGGUGGUCAAGACGACCAUGCAGAGGAUCGCCGGGUGGGAGUGCGUGGUCCGCAUCCUGCGCACCCCCGGAUGCACCAUCGAGGCGAAAACCGACGCGAUGCGCUUCUUCAACCUCGCGUGCGAGCACGGCAGGGACGAACCGCCGCCGGAGGGCGGAUACCCCGAGGGCGUUGAUCCUCCCCAGUCAACCGCGCCCGAAGUCCGAAGGCACGUUGCGUAUUGGUGCCCCACGGCGGUCGCGCAUCUCCUCGACCGCGCGUGCGACGACACCGUGAGUGGGGGAACCGGGCCGGACGACCCGCCGGUCCAGGCGCCCGAGUUUGUGACCCUGCGUUCGCUCGCGGCGACGACCAUCGCGUCGCUCUCGAGGGAGGAGGCGAUCAAGGAUUGGAUCACGCGGGAUAAGCACAGGGUGCGGGUGUUCGUGGAUGCGCUCAAAUCCACCGUGGCGACGUUGAAGGUGCGGGCGCAGCUGGCCACCGCGCUGUACAACGCGUGUGACGUCACCGCGUCCGUGCUCGAGAAGCUCCGGCUGUCCGACGACGGGGCGGGGAACGACGGGGGAGGAGAAGAAGGAGAAGGAGGAGGAGGGGGAGGAGGAGGGGGAGGAGCCGGGGCGUCCUCGAGCGACUCGGCGGCGGCCUCGAUGUUCCCCGGGGGGUUCGGCUCGGCGAUGGUUCAAUCGCCGCCUCACGACGAGGAGCUCAGGCGGCUGGGUCUGUUGGUGGACGCGGGGGCGAUGACGCCGCUGGUGCGUAUGUGCGCUGGCGCCAAGGGGUAUUCGCCGCCGAAGGACCCGGUUCCGCCUUCGCCAGCCAAGGGCGAAUCGUCGCACGCGGAGGAGGAAAAGGAGGAGGUGGCGCGGGACGAGGCUUCCGCGAACGAGGGCGGGGAAACGGCGGAAGGGGACGCGGAUGACGAUGCAAAGGCGGAGGGAGAGGGCGGUGACGUGGAUGCUGACGUGGAUGCUGACAUGGACGGCGACGGUGCCGACGGCGACGAAAAGGCGGACGCAGACGCAGACGCAGACGGUGACGGCGGCGGCGGCGGCGAAGAAGAAGGCGGAGGCAAGAAGAAGAAGAAGGGGCAGAAGAAGGGCGGCAAGAAGAAGGCCGCGAGCAAACCGCCGGCGGGCAUGGGCGCGGGACAGCUCGCCGCCGCGGGCUUACUCCGAGCGUUCACUCGAGAACCGGAGUGGGCGGCUCUGGUGGCCAGGUCGGACGGUGCCCGAAUGCUCGUGCAGCUGUCGAAGGUCAAGGAAGACCAGACGCGGUGGCACGCGCAGGCUGCGCUGUACGCAAUCGCGGCGGACAUCGAUCGUAACGGUCGGUACCUCGAUCACGCGAAGUGUCCCGAGUACAUCACGCGCGUGUCGGCGAUUAGGCGACGGCAGCCGAUGAGGCCCAGCGCAAAGUUCAUGCCUGCUCCGGUUGAAUCCGCCUGGUUGAAGACUGGCGCCGCGUGA